AUGACACCUGAUCCUAAAAUGUUAAAAAUGUUGAAAGAAAUGAAGCAGGAAAUUCGUGACAUGCGCGCUUCUCUGGAACGAGAAUUUAGAAAGGAAAAUAGAGACGUAAAAACUAGCAUGGAAGUGAUUAACCAAUGUUUUGAAGAAAUGAAAGUUAGCAUGAUAGCCAUCCAAAAGGAAAACGCAGAUAUUAAGGUUCAGAAUGCUUGUCUUCUGUCUGAGUGUGCACUUCUUAAAGAGCAGGUGAAAGCGAAUGAACUAAGAAUGGUACAACUGGAACAAUACUCAAGAAACGAAAACCUAGAAAUCAAAGGUAUUCCAGUUUCGCAAGAUGAAAAUUUCCCGAGGAUUUUGCAAAACAUUGGCCAUGUUGUCGGUGAAUCAAUUACACAGGACGAUGUUGAAGUAUGCCACAGGAUUCCAACAAAAGGCUCAUCGCAGCCAAACAUUCUUGUACAGUUUUACAGCAGAUCAAAACGCGAUGCAGUUUUGGAAAAGGCUAGAAAGAAAAGAUUUUCAACAGCUGAUAUUGGUUUCGCACAGUCUGCCCCAGUAUAUAUAAACGAGCGUUUAUGUUUCCAACUAAAGAAGCUGCUGGGCAUGAGGAUUGCGAAAAAGAAAGAAAAAAAUUGGCGUUUCGCAUGGACAAGAGACGGCAAAGUUUUCGCGAGAAAAACUGAGUCUUCCCGAGCAAUGCGUAUAGCUUGCAUCUCGGAUCUUGAUAAGAUCGACUAG